GCAAGCACUCGCACGCCGUGCAGUCCGUCGCCCGUCUCCCGUCUGCAUCGCGCGCGGGCACUCCGUUCCUUUCUUUCUUUUGCUUGCGUUGCUGGGGCGUUUCUUCUUCGUCUGCCCUGUGUUCUAUUUAAUACCCCCUCCCCGCCGUGCGUCGGAAAGAUGCUCGCGCGAGCAGCCCGCCGGAAGCUCCGCCGCGAUGCCUUCAGGGCGCCCACACAGCUCGCCGAGCAACUGGCGCUGCCGUGGCUCUGUCCGGCGCAGAUGCGAUGGGCGGCCAGCGUCGGUCCUAUGCCCGCGAAUUCGAAUUCGAAGGCGCACGAUGCGCGCAAGCAGAGACACGCCCCCUCGCUGUCGCCGCGGCACAAAACACGCUCGCUCGCCACGGCCGCCGAUGUGCAGCCCUCACCCCUCACGGUGCCCUUCGACGGCUUCCUGCCGCCCUGGGGCUCGCGCGUGCAGCGCCCCAGUGCUGCCAAGCUGCAGCCCUGGGACCCGUCCAACCCGCUCAUCCUGCACGAUCCCCUGGCCGCACCCACGACGCCCUUCAAGUACGGCAUCGGCGGCGACCCAAUCGAGCUGCAUCAGAACCUGUACGCCUGCCUGCGGGUCGGCCGUCUCGACCGAGCCACGGCCAUCGUCGAGCGGCUGGCCACCAUGUACAACCCCUCGGCGCCCGAGGUCGUCGACGCCCACAACGUCUUCCUGCAGACCAUGUUCGAGCUCGCCCAGCAGAACCCCACGCCCGCGUCCCUGGCCGACAUCGAGCAGUGGUACGACGCACACAUGGUGCGCCAGGCCAUUGAGCCCAGCGCGCAGACGUUCGUGACGCUGCUGCGCGCAUCCAUGAACUUGCUGGAAGGAGGGCAGAAAGACGCGGCCAUCCGCAAAUACCUCGCCAUGGCCCACCAGCUCGGCCCGGACGUGGUGGAGGACAUCAAUUCGUCGCCUGACUUCUCCGACGACGAGUGGGAUACCCUCAUCAGAUUCCAGCCCGACAUGUUCACCGCACCGCCGCGGCCUGUUGAAGAAAUGCAAAGCAUCGAGAUCAGCACGCCCGCAGGACACGCCGCUCUGAUCGAACACGGUUUUCUUCCGAAUCCCGCGCACACCAUCAAACCUGUCCUGCAGAAAGGCCGGGGUCUGGACGCGCUCAAGAAGUCUCUCGCCAUCUUCGAGCCCGGCAAAGGCGUCGCGUACCCCAACGAGAUGGAAGGAACGCAGGAGGACAAGGAGCGCGCCUACGCCUACAUGCGGCAGCUACGAACCGAGACGGACGCGACCAACGCUGCCAUCGAACGGUGGAAGGCCGAGGAUGCCAAGUUGCAGGGGCUGGGCAUUCAUGGCGUCCUCAAAACGAAGCCCGUGCAAGCUCUGAUGUGGAAUUGGUACUCUGCUCUGCUGCCGCUGAUCAAAAAAGAGAUUGCAGCAACCAAGGAAGUCCUCUCGACGCAUCCCCGGCGCGGAGCAGGUGACGACCGUCUCAAGUACGGACCGUUUCUGGAGCUGUGCAAUCCGGAGAAGCUGGCUGCUGUGACUGUUUCGCGCGUCAUCGCAGCGUGUGCACGCGGAGGUGCCCGCGAUCAAAAUGGAUCCUUGAAGGUGUCCGUGCUCACCACCGCCAUUGGGCACGACAUCGAAAAUGAAAUCAAUGCCGACGCCAAGCAGCGGCAUGAUGCUUCCGUAAGAAAACAUCGCAGUCGCGCGCGAAAAGACCUGCUCGGAAGAUUAGCACGGACAUCAAGAGAGACGGCCCCUUCGCCGAAGCCAGACGUCACCGAAGAUGUCCAAAAGGAUGACUUUGAACGGCGAAACUUCCCGCUUGCUAUCAGGGCCAGAAUUGGAGCACUCGCUCUGGAACAUUUGAUGCAAGCUGCCAUGGUUACCGUCAAUGCCGAAGACCCGAAGACAGGGAAGCAGCUGACCAGCACACAGCCGGCUUUCCAUCACCAUACGGGCUUCACUCAGGGGAGGAAAGUGGGAUGGAUAGCGCCACACCACGAGAUCAUGAAGAAGCUGCGCAAUGAGCCUUUGCACAGCGUAAGUACACAUAGGCUGCCCAUGAUAUUCGAGCCCAAGCCAUGGGCCAGCUUUGACGAUGGCGGUUACUAUACUGGGCGCGAACUGGUCAUUCGUACCAAAGCUGCAGACACAUCACAGCGCGCCUAUGCACACUCAGCUAUUUCGAAUGGCGACAUGGGCAAGGUUCUCGCUGGGCUCGAUGUUCUCGGGAAGGUGCCGUGGCAAAUCAAUCGCGAUGUCUUUACCGUCAUGGCGCAGGCCUGGAACGCGGGCGAAGGCGUUGGAGGCCUCGUUGCGGAGAACGCGGACCCCGGCCGUCCCGCAGAGCCCGGUCCAGAGGCGUCACCCGAAGAAAGGAGUAAGUGGACGAGGAAAGUCAAGGAGUACGAAAAUGUGAAGAGCGGCCUUCAUUCGCAGCGCUGCUUCCAAAAUUUCCAGCUGGAAAUUGCAAAAGGAUAUCUAAAAGAGAAGAAGAUCUACUUCCCCCACAGUGUCGACUUCCGCGGCAGGGCAUAUCCCAUUCCACCCAUUCUCAAUCAUAUCGGAGCCGACAUGGCAAGGGGUCUUCUUAAGUUCGCCAAUGGUAAAGAGCUCGGCGCCGUCGGCCUGCAAUGGCUGAAGGUACACCUCGCAAACCUUUACGGAUACGACAAGGCCAGUUUACGGGAACGGGAGAACUUUGCCAUGGACAACAUCAACGAAAUUUACGAUUCGGCCACCAAUCCUCUCAGUGGAAGGCGAUGGUGGGCCAAGGCUGAGGAUCCUUGGCAGUGCCUGGCAUGCUGCAUCGAAUUAAAGAAUGCGCUCGAUUCACCUGAUCCGACCCGCUUUGUCUCCCGUUUGCCCGUCCACCAAGACGGUACAUGUAACGGUCUUCAGCACUAUGCUGCCUUGGGUGGUGACCAUGCCGGUGCCAGCCAAGUGAACCUAGAGCCAUCGGAUCGGCCGCAAGACAUUUACACCGGGGUUGCCGAGAUCGUGAAGGAGAUGGUGGUGAAAGAUGCUGCAGAUGGCCACGUAGUGGCACAGUUCGUCAAGGACAAGAUUACUCGCAAGGUGGUCAAACGGACUGUCAUGACCAAUGUUUACGGCGUUACCUUCAUGGGUGCGAAACUCCAGGUUUUGGAUGAAUUGAAGGAGAUCUUCCCCAAUUUCCAGGAGACCGACAAGAUCCGAAGCCUCGCUACACCAGCUCUAUACGUUGCUAUGAAGAUCUUCCACGCCUUAGGCAGGAUUUUCAACGGCGCGCAGGAAAUCCAGUACUGGCUUGGUGAAUGCGGCGACCGCAUUACCACAUCGCUCUCUGCGGAGCAAAUCAAAAAGAUCCAGGAGCGCCUGGAAGGAAAGGCAGCAUCGUAUGAUGCCAAAUACAAGCAACCUGAAAAGUUCGGCCCUGCCUCGAUGAAGAAGCUGAACAAGUCUCUCGAGACCUUUAAGAACAGCAUCAUCUGGACCACGCCGUUGAAGAUGCCGGUCGUUCAACCCUAUCGCAAACACAAUUCGCACGUCGUCAAGACAAGCCUCCAGGACAUUACAGUUAUCAAUCGCUCACGAACGGACAUGGUCGACAAACGGAAGCAACUCCAAGCUUUUCCACCGAAUUUCAUUCAUUCCCUCGACGCCAGCCAUAUGCUCUUGUCCGCCUUGAAAUGCAAUGAGCUGGGUCUUGAUUUCGCUGCCGUGCACGAUAGCUUCUGGACUCACGCCGCCGACAUCCCCAACCUCAACGUUGUUCUCCGUGACGCCUUCGUACGCAUGCACUCUGAAGACAUCAUCGGUCGACUCGCAGCGGAGUUCAAGGCUCGCUACGCAGGGUCCAUGUACCGUGCGAACAUCACCACCACCUCAAGGGUCGGUCAAAAGAUCGCGGCUUGGAGGAGGAAGCACCGGAGCGUCAAACGUGCCGUCACCGCCGAGGGAAAAACUCGGGAAGCGAGUUUUGAGGAAGUCGCUCUCGAGGCUAAGAGACAGGAGCUGCUGAAUAGCGAGGAUCCAGCAAAGAGAAAAGAAGGGGAGGAGAUGGUCACGCCCACGAGCAUUUGGUUAGCGGACCAGGAUCCCUUAGCCCUGGCCUCCUUCCGCUUGUCGCUGCUUGGGGAGACGAAGCAAAAGAGCGGUCAGAAAUUCGACGAAGUGAAGGAGAAGGUGCUCAGCGCCGAGGCGGAAGCGAUCAGAGAUGACACGGGAGCGUCUAUUGCUGCGGCGCCUGCCAUCGAAGGAGAAGCGGACAUAACAGAACCAGUAGAACCGGACGCGGAGUUGGAGGAACCGGAGAUGCCGACCGAGCGAACUGGGAUGAAGCCGACAAAGCGUUACGCCACAAAGACCAUCCAGGCCUGGCUUCCGCUCACCUUCCCACCCGUUCCUCAGAAGGGGUCUUGGGACGUGACGCGGCUUCGAGAGUCGAAGUACUUCUUCUCGUAAAGGCCACACGGGAGUUCCACGGCGUAGGUGAGCCGACCGGCGAUAAGCGCACCGCGAAGGGGCAAGGCCUGAGCUGGCGUUGAUCUUGGGACUAUUUGAGGCAUUGGUUGACUCUUUGGCGUUUAUAUUGGGCAUUGCCGGGCGUAUGUACGUUGUAUGGAUUGCAUGACGGAGGAAUAUAUGUAAUAGAGGUUGCAGUAUACCUCAUGUAUAUACUUGUUUGUAUAGCCGUGGACGAUCCGCCACUCCCUGUACCAGACGGCUGUGUAGGAACUUUGUAUAGAAAGGAAGACAAAUGAAAGGAGGGAUAUACCUGAUCUUUAGUU